UCACUCAGUAGGCCCGCGGUGCGCUAUGAGGUGGGAUCUGUGAACGAACGAAACACGAGUUUUUAUUUACACUCGUUGUUGCGGGAUUUAUCUCGCACGAACCAGCGAAUCGUACAUCAUCAUAGUGUUUCAUCAUAUCAAUAAGUUUUUGUCUCAUCAAGGAAUCGACACAUUCCUUCUCCCUUCUCCUCCGUCACGAAUCGGUCCUUAUUAUACUUCGCACAAGUGCAUAUAAACCACCACGCGCUAGGCCUCGGAUAAAUUCUGUCGAAGAUCGUCUCUUCGAAGUUUUCACGUAUGCUUCGGCGCGUCUUUUCUUGCUUUAUUUCGCAAUUUACAUUUUUGUGCGAGCUCAAUUUAUUGUUCAGCCCUCAUCACCAAUUGCGACCGACACUUGUUGUUUUUGUGCACGCGACAACGGCCUUCUUUCAAAGUGCGUGUUACAAAGGUGAUCGUGAUACCGCGCAAGACAAUGUGCGUGACAGCCACGCCACUUAGCGCGAAAAAAAUACUGAAAGAUAGUGCAAGACAUCCAGCUAGGACUAGUAUUGCAACUAACGUACAGGUGCAAGGAUUAACAGGAGGCACGAAUAAUGUCGGUGAGACGGAUAGGCCGCAGCACACGUCGAUCAUGUAUGAUGGUCCGCAUGAUCGGCGAUGAAUUCCUUACGGAGGAAAGGGACCGGAAAUACUAUGCUGACCAUUACAGGUGUUGUCCGCCGCCUCUUUUUAUCAUCCUCAUCACCCUUGUGGAGCUGGGUUUCUUCACAUAUUAUACAGUGGCGAUGGGAGAGGUAAAUCCUUCAGGGCCGGUACCAAUCGACAGCGUUUUCAUUUACAGACCGGACAAACGUCUUGAACUCUGGAGGUUUGCGUUUUAUAUGUUCCUUCAUGCUGGGUGGCUUCACCUGCUAUUUAACUUGGGAGUACAAGUGGUCGUGGGACUUCCCUUAGAAAUGGUUCAUGGAAGUCUAAGGAUCGCGGCCGUUUACAUGGCUGGAGUUCUUGCCGGUUCCUUGGGUACUUCAGUGUUUGACACGGAUGUAUACCUUGUUGGCGCCAGUGGAGGUGUUUAUGCUCUUCUCGCAGCUCAUUUAGCAAAUGUUCUUCUUAACUAUAAUAACAUGGAAUUCGGCAUUGUACGAUUAAUAGGCAUCUUUGUAAUCGCAAGUGCCGACGUGGGAUUCGCGAUUUAUGACAGAUAUGCGGCUGAGCAAAUGGGUCCUCCUGUUUCGUAUGUGGCACAUCUGACCGGUGCAUUAGCAGGUCUCACGAUCGGCUUGCUGGUGCUGAAGAACUUCGAACAACGUCUCCACGAGCAACUUCUCUGGUGGGUGGCGCUUGGUGUCUACGCGGCCUGCACAAUCUUUGCAAUUAUGUACAAUCUCAUGCAUCCAGACUAUCCAUGACGCGAGGUCAGCUUCGCGUAUGGACAACCGCGAAAUUCGUAACGCGAAGCUGACUAAUAUCGAAUUCUAAUAAAGAAGAAUUUAAAGAAAAUAAAAAAAAACACGCGCAGAGGACUAAACGAGAGGAAGACAACUAAUUGAAGAAA